AUACUUCAGCUGCUAUGCUACGAACUACUCUACUCAGCUUCACUCCGGUGAAGCACUAUAUGGCUCUGCGCGUGAUCGGCGCGUCAACCUUGCGCGGAUCACGUACUCGAUACCUCUCCUUGUCGUCGGUGGCCAAAUCGGACGCGCCGCGCUCUGAUCAGGCUUUCGCGAGCAGCCCGACAGCGCUCGGCACUGCGUCGAGUGCCAGCGAAGGCGGGGAUCAGUUGACCACGCCAGACGCUGUGAGCACCGUGCCGACGAUGGUCCGGGGCGAUUGGGUGCUCUUCCACCCGGUGUACUCUCCGGAAGAGGUCAAGGCCGUGGAGGUGUUGCACCACAAAGCGAAGAAUAUCCCGGACAAGAUCGCAUCAAAGCUGGUGCUGCUAGCGCGAUUCGGAUUCGAUUUCGUCUCGGGCUAUAAGCACAAGGAGAUCCCCCCAGAGAGCAACAUGACCGUCGAGGAUCUCCGCAAGAACGGAUACCUACUGGACGAGCAUGGCUGGUUGAACCGAAUUUUAUUCCUGGAAACUAUUGCUGGGGUUCCUGGGAUGGUGGCUGCAACGCUCAGGCAUCUCACUAGUUUGCGCUUGAUGGCAAGUCCUCUACGCUCUGUUCAUCCACACCGACGUGGGACCUUCAUGACCUUGCGGAAGAACUCGAUCUGGUUCCGCGCUCUGAUUCUCGGAGCUCAAGGGGUCUUCUACAACAUGUUCUUCCUCGCGUACAUAGUCUCGCCCCGGACGUGCCAUCGUUUUGUUGGUCAUCUGGAGGAAGAGGCGGUCCUCACCUACACCCGCUGCAUCAAAGAUCUGGAAGCUGGGCGCAUCCCCGAAUGGACAAAUAAGCCCGCGCCAGAGAUCGCCAUCGACUACUGGCGUCUUCCCAAGGACGCCACGCUCCUUGAUGUGCUGUAUGCCGUGCGGUCGGACGAGACGACGCAUCGAUUCGUGAACCACAGUUUGGCAAACCUCAACACACGCACCGACAUCAACCCUUUCGCACUGAGGGAGCCCGAUAUGUUUGUCAAGGGCACGAAAAUUGCUUUCGAACGCGAUGAAGCAGAGGACUUUGUGCGCGAAUCGCGCGAAAUCAUGGAUGAGAAGAGAGAAGCUCAGAUGGGAAAAACAGAAGCUUAGUUGUGCAUAAAUGUGACCGAAUGGCUGCCACGGACUGCUUACCCCUCCUAGCCCAGGGACAAAACAUGUAUAGAUAGACCGCCUACUAUAAUUCAAGAAUCCCGAGACUGGCCGAGCCCAUCCAGUUUCCGCUGAAUCUCGAUCAAGCGGCUGAUUCGGUCGUGGAGGAAGGCACGUUUGGCUGAUAUUGCCGAAUCUUCCGCAAGCAGGUCUCGCAGGUUCCAAGCGAGAAGCCAUGCACUGGUUGAACUCACGCUCGAUGACGAGAGGAACGUAAUCAAUGAUGCGCUGCAGCGAGCCCAGUCCAGUCAGACGAGACAGCCGAGCGGACGAAAAGAUGCACAGACAGACCCGGUAUGCUAUCUGCCAAUACGCCCGCACCGUCGCCAUGAGAUCGAGCUCGCUCUCAUAGCCGUGUCCCUCUCGCACAUAGAGAUGGCGGCCGGGUAGGUAAUACGAGCCAGCGUCGUCAUGCGCUGCUUUGUAUCUGGCCGACCACGCGGCCUUCUGCGUCCGGAAGAGGUCCCGGUUUUGAGUAAACAACGGUGACUCAUCGAGAGAGCGAAACUUCUCCAGAGUCUGUCGCGCGAGAUCCUUGCACUCUGCGAGCUCUUGCGUGACAAGCGACCUGCCCGACGGAUCAGAAUCAUUCGCAGCGGUGAGGGGGUGGGCAAUGAAAGUAACGAGCGCCUCAGCACAAGACACCGUGCCUUCGAAACAGGACAUCGCCGGCUCCUUCCAAUUGCUCGUGAACCGCUGAACGAGAAUGAUCGUGGCAUGGAAGGGGACUUGGUCAGGCAGUUCCCAGCUUGUGGCACUGGUAACUUGCUUAGUGCUGAGCAUUGACAGCAUCUCUGGACACACACUCUCUGAUAGUCAGUUGGACCUCCGGCAGAUCGAUGGGCGGGAUGGUGCUCGCAACAUAAUCCACUUCAUCGAACGCAAUGAGCGGGUCUCUGAAGCGCUCGUGGCCAUGGAAUGGCCGGAAGUCGGGGGUCGUGCGCUGGAUUUCGCUCUUGAACUGGCCGUACUUCGUUCUGCAGUCUUGUACGAAGCUCUUCCGCUCCGUUCCCGCUACGGCGGCACGAAACGCAUUACAGAACGCACUGAUCUUGCCAAACACGGCGACCGCAGCGUGAUCCAGAUCCGGUGCCGGGGGCAGACCAUUGAGCUCUUCGGUGUGGCGCUUCAAGAGUGCAUGGACUUGGGCUCGCAGUUGAGGCAAGCUGGUAGGCAUCAAGUCAGUACCGGGCAUUGCAGCGAUGGAAGACAUACUUGGCUUCGAUGCGCUCGGUAAGAAGUUUACUUAGGAACGCUGCCAGGUUGCCCACUCCAAAGCGCGUGCGAUCGAGCACUUCAGACCACGGCGCUGUCGAGUCGAAGAACAGCUGCGCCUGAGCGUCGCACUGGGCUCUGGUCAUCCCGCGCGACCGUUGAGCAUCGUCGGGAAGUCGGACGCAGUAGUACCCGUGAGCAAGUGCAUCCCGGUCACCGUCCAACACUUCCUUCCAUUGACUGCGGCGCCCGAUAUCCCCAGCACCCAGAGAAUCGGGCUUGGUGAGCACGGCUGUCAUCAGCCACAUAAGCCCAUGAGCCAUGACCGAUUCGAUCUUUCUCACCGAUCGUGCGUUGACCAGACGGAUCCACGUUUCUAGCGAGUCGCAUUGCUUGCUGGUUCUGCAUGUCAUCUGCGCCCGCUCUUGAGACGAUGAGUGUAGACCAGAGCGACAGCACGUACCGCUGGCGGGAAUGGUCACGAGAAUCAGCGUCUGCUGCUGUUCAAUCCGGGAGAUAGAAAGGUCUCGGACGACUUGGAUGUUCUCAGGCUCCUCGUUUUGGAUCAGGCCUGAUUAUGCAGCCGUGAGCUGACUCUGUUGCCCAGCGGACGAGAAACAAACCUGGGAGAUCGACAAAUAAGAGAUCUGAAACAACAGGAUCGCGCAAAGUGAGACACACGGCGUUCCUCGAAAACUUGAGACGCCGAGGAUCGGUCCCUGAAUUCCGCAGCUCCUCUGCAUUCUGAUUGUAGAACUCUUGCGGCAUGCGGUGCGGACUCAGCAUGGCGGCCUGUGCGCGACGAAGCCAGAUCUCGACGGCGCUACGGUCAGUGAUCGUCGGGCCGAACUGAAUCUCGUGGGCUGAGCCAGCGGGAUGGAUGGCGUAGUCGUCCUUGGGCUCGAGCACUUGUUCGUCAUGAUCGAAGCGCAAGGAGAUGUUGCAGGACCAUGAUUCGGCUGCGCUCGACAUGACGCACUCCAUGGGACAACUGCGAGCGCGUCAGGAGACCAAGGCAAUUGAAAGGAACAGCAUAGAAACAGACCGAGUGCAUGUUCCACUAUCACGCGGAACAGUGAUCUGGAGAUAUUGGCAUACAGAAGAACUUGAAGAAGACCCAGUUCAGCGCACCCCGGAAACUGCCUCGACCAAAGAGCUCUUCCCAGCUACGUCGAGCGCACGCUGAGCACAACGUCAUAUGCAAAGAUGCUGAGCGUACCAGACUGCCCCCCGAUCACAGUAAUCGUCGGAAGAUCGAGCAUGUUAGUCGCCCUACAAAGGAGAUGAGCGAGAACGCGACAGUCUGCGUCGCAACUGACCCCAAGGCGCGCAGAUCCUUGUUGAAGAUCAUCAGCUCUCUGCAACGUUGCGCGUAGUAUCCACCGGUCAGAGCCCCAGAGGGAGGAGAUGGCUCGCUGGCAGUCGCAGCGCCGGUGGUCAUGGCAUCGCCGAGGAGCUCCGAAGUUGCGUUGCUGGAUCCGUCGUUCGCGUUCCCCGGAACCGAGUGCGGCGUGUUGUCAGCACUAUCGCGUCUGCCAUUGAAGGAGGCAUUCCCUGAACGUCCGUUCGAAGCAAGGCGUCGGAGUUUACUCAUGGCCAUGUGCUCGAGAGAGAGGGACACGAGAUGUGCUGCUCCUGCACCCAGAGGGCGGCUAUUUAACCCAAUCCCUCAUCUCACCACGCGGCAGUCCUCGAAUUCUGGGCUUCGUGCGCGGUGCGUGCGUUAAACGCGCGGGCGCGUCCGACGUAAGAUUCGAAAAUUCCUCAUACAAAUGCAUGCUUCCAAAAGCGCCCGCUGAGGCCCAGAUGGGAAGUUUCGUGCACGAAUCGGGAGUGGAGACGGGCGCCAAUCGUGAGCAGGCGAGAGAAUUGCUUGUGCGUGGGACGCGCUGUAUGCCAUGCACCGACAUAGGCGCCCAUGGAGUGAGCAUUUGAGCAUCGAAAGGCCGUAUUGAGAAGGCCUCAAUACGGAAGAUUCCUUCUUCGUGAGGCCAAGCAGGUACUAGUCCGUUGGUGAUAUUGUAGGAUUAUGUAGUCGUCCGCAGCCGAGACGGGUCUGGUCUUAGCUGGGGCGUACGAGCGAUGCAAGGCGAUGCCGCGCUUCGAAGAAUAUUAUAGCGAAAUGUUGGACAUCCGACUUGAGAGUCCAUAGCCCGCACAUGUGGUGUGGGACAAGUUUUGGGGAUACGUUGCAGGAGCGGCAAUAUGAUGAGGUUAGGGUUAGGUACACCGAAAGAGCAAUUA